AUGGGGAACACGUCCUCACUCCCGCGAAGCCGGGAAGACGAUGGACGACUGGAAGAGCUCAGGCAUGGCAGAAACACUACUCAGCAACAGAAUACUGCUGGUGGCCCCAUAACAAGAAGCUCGCGUCCUGCCCGAAGAAAUCCCCCUUCCUUAAGAGCAGCCGGACAGAGAGCCAGCACACUAUAUGAUACUCUAAGACGCCAUAGAGCAACUGAAUCAACCACUCUGCGACAAAAUACGAGCCGGGCAACGCAGUCUACCAAUGAGAUUGAGAUUGAACAAGAACACAGACCUCUGGUAGGCCUUGGAGAUGUUGACAUGCAAGAUGCUACGCCAACCCAUACCGUGUCCCAGCCAGCAACCCGAAGGCGAAUAGCAAUGUCAAGGCUUGGAUCACGACUCCUCCCGGAUUAUGUUGCAAGGGGUCUAUUGAACAGUGGUGAAGAGACUGCAGAAGAGGGACACGCGUUACGCUAUGGAGCAUUGGAACGUGGUCCAUCCGUCUAUGAACGUUCUCCGCACGCUGAAACCAGCAGUCGACUGUCAUCGACGGGCUCGAUUACGAGGAGGAAUGAUGACAGUACAGAUUCGCGGCGGCGCGCAAUCCGUGGUCCAUUCCCACUCCUCAACACUACUCAUCCAUCUCUAGAGCCUACCAAUUCAGCUUCAGCGAUGUUCGAUAACGUACGUGAUGUUCCCACUCCGGCCGGUGGUUCUCUUCGACAUCGUAACAGAUUCAGCCGUGUCCGUGACUCCAUUUCGAUUUCCGCAAGGCUCUCCGGACUCUUCGGGCACUCGACAGAGCAGCUCGAACCAGGUCAGGCACGAAGACAAUCCCCAGUCCGACCAGCUAGGGUCACUUUCGCCGACGAUUCCGAUCGUCUACUACCUGCACUCAAUCCUGCAGAUCCACGUCUCGAGACUGAUGAUGCUCCUCACGAAUUGGAUGCCGUGGAGCCCGAAGCUCGAACUCUAUUGUCUGGUCCAAGGGUGACCUCUGGCAUGAGUACUAUCCGGCGCUUCCAACCCGGUCUGCGCUCGCGGUCCACCAGACUCAUACGACGCGGAGAACACCCCCCUCUCUCGCAAGUCCUACAACUGGCGGCGGCAGCGAUUGCAGCUCAGCUCUCAGGGCAUGCUGCCGGGGCAAAUACUACGGCUCGUCACCUUGGUAGUGAUAGCUUUGACGGCAGUAUCCAAAAUUUUGUUCAGACACUCCAAGAUGCAGCAACCGCGCAAGCUGGUGAAGGCCUUGACAUGAGCACGGCAGAUGGCGACUUACCUCCGGUCAAUUUUAUGAGAGUGUUCCAAUUUCCCAAUGAUGAGAAUGGUUCACCCAUAGCUUCCCAGGCGCAAUCUCGCGAUGUUGACCAGCUGGACCUGGACUCCAUUACAGGAUCCGGUGAAAAUGACAGGUCCGUGACGUUGGUCCUGGUUGGCGUGCGAUCUUUGCCCCAUGGCCAGGACAAUGCCAGUGGCGAAAAUGGAACGCUAGGCCCAAGCCUUGACACAUUGCUAAGCCUUCCCUUUUUACCGCCAGCAAAUGUCCUUCGGAACGGAAGUUCAGGUGCCUUAUGGCGGCGUUCCGACGGGAGAGCACGUUCAAGUCCUCGACGACAUUCGAUGACUAAUUUUAAUUUUCCUGCACAAUACGAGACUCAACGACACCAGCGUACUCGUGCGAACACAGGAAGGUCGACAAACACCACAGAUACUUCUGCGCCUGCCGUGAACGAUGCACCAAAUGUAUCGCAGCUGGUUUCUGAAAGCCCCCCGGGACCGCAUCCUCCACCUUCAACUCCAGCCGAUAUUCGCAGCGGCCAAGUUUCCCCUAUCCGGCGACCAUCUUCAGCCUCAGCCGCACAGAACCCGGCACUUUCCGAAUUGGAAGAAGAUCGUGCACCACGGGACGUGGAUCAUAUUUCGUCGGAAACAUCUUUCAAUACUGCCAGACAGCGCAGGAGGAGCGACUCAGAGUUUGCUCGUAGACCCGAACUGGGGUCUGGAGCGGCUAGGCGCAAUGGCGUGGUGGAACCUGAUCAUCCACCUGUGGGCGCUGGACGCAGUUGGCUAAUUUACGUGGUUGGCACACACGUCGCCCCCGAUCACCCUGCUUUCACCAUGCCAAGCUUGUUCACGGACAACCCUUCUUACGAGGACAUGCAGAUGCUGUCGACGCUUCUGGGUCCGGUAAAGCCUCCUGUAGCAACCCAGGAGGACAUUAGUUUGGCCGGCGGAGUAUUUCGCCUGCUGAGUCACGAAUCGGGCUUCAGAGGCGAAGCUGUAUCAACCAGUGAUGAGCCUGCCAUUGUUAUCACUCCUGGGGAGCGAUGCUUGAUUUGCCUUUCCGACUAUGCUGCUUUGGAGGAAGUCCGACAGCUUGACAAGUGCCAGCAUGUGUACCAUCGAGAGUGCAUUGACGAGUGGCUCACGACUGGCCGGAACAGUUGUCCUUUAUGCCGAGGUCAAGGUGUACAGGAGAAGCACACGUCCUCGACUCCGUCAGCGGGCGCUCCUCCUGUCACGAUAUGAGAUGUAUCAUUGCUUGCGCGCGUUGACAGCAUUUUUCUCCCUACAAGGAUCAUGACUUCACGAAUUCUCUUGUAACGUUUUGCAGAACAGUCUAUUGGUUUGGCGCUCAUAGGGUAGCGAUUGAGGCGGGCAUAUGGGUUUGAAGGUUCCUCCCACCAGCCGAAAGGAGCUCGUCCGACUGAAACAGCAUUGGGCUCUCAAGUAUGAAAGUAUUGCCGGGUGCAC